CUACACACCCUCACGUCUUUGUGAUGUGGGAGGAAACCGGAUCACACCAAGGAAACCCAUGCUGUCACAGGGAGAUCAUACAAACUCCACAUAGACAGCACUCAAAGUCAGAAUCAAACCUUGUCUAUUGUCUAUUGAACCUGGGUGUCUAACGCUGAAACGCAGUGGCUCUUGUAGCUGUUCCACUGUACCGUCCAAAGUGGGGAAUGGAUGGGCAAAGUCUCAUUGCCAGAGGCAACAAAGGAAGAGAUCACAUCGUGGCAGGUUUGGAACUCAUUGGGAUGUGGACAAAGGGGUACAAAGGUUCCCCGCCCUGACCCAAGGGUCAGUGAACAAUGACUGAGGACCCAGGCCAAUGGGAUCCUUCCUUUCUCACCCUGAACUAACUGAACAAGAGCCACACAGGUGAACUCGUGUAAUUAAGCAAAAUGCAGGUGCUGGAAAUCUGGAAUAAUAGAAAGGGCUGCAAAUACUCACAAGUGAAGCACAUGCUUGUGUUUUUAUUUGGGAGAUGUUUCUGUGAAUGCGUACAGCUCCUCACGCACCUCUCCUGUACAGUUUCAUUGCAAGUUGCUCCUUUAUUGAAAGCAAAAAUCAGACCUGGACAAGUGACUGAUGCAACUGUGUCACGUUAUUGUAUCCAAGUAAACCCCUGGAACAGAUAUGUGGGAAAGAUGUAAAAGCAACAGAGGAGUUGCAGUGGGGGACUUUAAUUUUUCCAAUAUGGACAUAGACUCCCUUGGUGCUGCAAGGUUAGAUGGGGCAGAAUUUGUUAGGUGCAUCUAGGAGGGUUUCUUGACACUGGAUGUAACCAGGGAAGGGACCAUACUGGACCUUGUAUUGGGAAAUGAGCCUAGCCAGCUGAUUGGAAUUUCAAUGCAGGGACAUAUUGGGAAACAGGAAACACAACUCCAUAUGUUUGCAGUAAGUUAUGGACAAGGAUAAGCCUGGACAUUGGAGGAAAGUGCUAUAUUGAGGAGAGGCUGAUGGCAUCAGUAUUAGGCAUGAGCUGGGGAGACAGGAUGGAAGGCAAGAAUGGCAAGGCUCGCAAACCUUUGAUUACACGUUUAGUAAAAAAGAAAAAAGAAGCAUUUGUAAGGAUGAGGAAACUGAAAUUGGGGUUUGAAAAAUAUAAAGACAAUAGGGGGAAAGCAAAACUUCCAUGGCUAGUAGGAUUAAGGCGUAUCCCAAGAUAUUUUAUCCAUUGUUAACAAACAAGUGGGUAACUGGAGAGAGGAUUGGACCAGUCAAGGGUAAAUUAGAGAAUUUAUGCUUGGAUUCAACAGAAAUGGGUGAGUUACUAAAUGGAUACUUUGCACCUGUAUUCACCAAGGAGAUGUGCAAUCAGGGAGAGGCAUAUUGAUAUUCUUGGGCAUAUUGGUCAUUUUGACAGUUUAUCAGUAUUGUCCUAUUCUGCUGCAGACUCUGGCGCCUGUGAUAAGAUCGGGGAAGGUUGGACCUCUGGCAGUUGCAAGAACUUGUGGUUGGAACAUGUCAGAAAGGAAGCCAGUGUGACCACAGCCCCAUCUGAUCUCAUGAGCCUGCAGCCUUCUUCUUCUUGCGUAUGGCGUGCACAGCCUAAAGUUGUAGGACAACUUGUUCUAUUUGAUCUUAUUUGACUGUGCACUACGGGUGGAUUGCAUUAGUCAAAAUAGGGCGGACCACGUGAAGGUUGCAAUCUUACACCGCCAGCCUGCAGCCUGGGGAUGUAUAAAGCCUGAGCAUCCCACUGAACAUUACCAUGGCCUACAACUGCCUGCACAGUGCCAUGGGUCUGCCACUCCUCCUGCUCCUCUUGCUGGUGGCAGCCGGUUGCUCUGGCCAGCCUAAUACCGAACCUCCCAAUAUUCUGGCACUUCAGUGGCCCGAAAACGCCUGUAAGCUGAAUGGCUGGAUUGCCGAUGAAUGUAAAAAAAAUUACUGGACCAUCCAUGGCUGGUGGCCCCCCCAGGACAGCAAUUCGAAUAACGGUGCGUAUGAUGUCAAUCAAAUAAAAUCAGGGGAUGUAAACAAUGAUUUGAAAGAAUUCUGGCCAGAUCUGUCUAACAAGAAGAUCCUUUGGAGGCAUGAGUGGAAUACACACGGAAAACCAGCUGCUCAGAAAUUAUCAGUGAGACAGUACUUCCUGAGAGGUCUGACCUACUACAGAAUUGUGCAAAAGUGUACAAGAACAAAACCAGCGGCAGCCAAAAUGUGCUUCAUGAAACUGUCAGCUGUGAAAAGAUGUGUAAUCAUCUAUGUGAAUGGGGUGAGUAUCAAGUCCUGA